AUGAACUUAUCAUGUGCUCCUUGUUUGCUCGGCUGGAGCUCCAAUAUCUCUGCUUCAAAAUCAGGUCCCAAGAGGCUGAGCUCUCUAUCCAGAGACAACCACGGUUCAUGCCACACCCUAGUUGUACAACCAUCUCCUAUGGCCUUGCCAAUAUAUGGUUUGAUACUUAGUCAGCAGAACCCUUACAAGGAGGCAAGAUGGUUGCGUCAGGAUUCUUCAACUCACUUUCGCCAGCAAAGCAUUGUUGAAACUCUGUAA